CAACAUGUUCUGUCAAACCAAUGUACGGCUAUCAACUAUCAUAAUGUCAAGCUGACCAGUAUUGACCCAGAACUCGCGAUAUCAGCGGUUGCACGAACUACCUGACUGUGACAACAGACUUUUGUCAUGUAUUUCGUGUCGACGCCAUUGGCCUACAUAAUACAUUGAGGCCAGAUCUCGCUGUAGCGCUGUGGUGAUAUGAACGACACCGAUCGAUAAGCGAGGAAAGAGAACACAAACAUGAACGAACAUUUUAUCGGACUAUAUCUUGUGCUGCUUGGCCCACUUCUCACAGAAACAGCACACAACACAAGUGUUUGUGGAAUGGAAUAUCUGAGAGCAUCUUAUGAGCAGAAAUAUCUCAAAUCUCCUGGGUAUCCUUCUAAUUAUGAAAACUUCUUAGACUGCACAUGGACAAUUUUUGCACUGGUCGGAUCUAAUAUUAAAGUUGAAGUUUUGUUUCUUGCGAUGGAAGACACGAUAUCAUGUACAGGAGAUUAUCUACUGUUCACGGACGGCAGUUCUACUCACGCCGCCCAGCUGGAUAACAUCUGCCAACCUGUGACGAGGAGCAUCGUCAGCAGCAGCAGCUACAUGACAAUAUGGUUCCACACCGACCGCGUUGUCACUCGUAAUGGGUUUAAUCUGAAAUACACAGCUGGCCGUUUUCAAUUUCCGAAGAAAGCACAAGGCAAUAACAUACAAAUCGAGUAUAAUGAAGCAGUUAUUAUACAAUCAACAAAUUAUCCCAUGGAUUAUCCAAAUAAUGAGAACCGUGGAUGGACUAUCCGCACCAAUGCUAAAGGUUACGUGAUUGAUCUUGAAACGAUGGAUUUCCACCUUGAAUAUGAAAAGGAUUGUUUCUUCGACUAUGUGCAACUUUAUGAUGGUACAGAUUCUUCAGCUCCUUCUCUCGGCCGCUGGUGUAGUAUCACUGGACCCAACAAGCAGAGCUCAGGCCCGAGUAUGUUCGUGACAUUCAAAUCAGACAGAAAACAGACCCGGUCUGGAUUCAAAUUGUAUUUUUCUGCCAAAAAACUACCUGUGGAUACCCCCUUCCAGUACGAUCGACCCGUUAUGGGGGGAGUCAUUGGGGGCAUUACGGUGGUGAUAAUCAUAGUUCUUUGCUGUGUGUUCUGUAGAAGAAGGAAGGCAGAUAGCAACGACCGAAAUCUAACACAUCCCAACAGGAUAAAUGAAAGUUCCCAUACAUCUAAUGACAACACUUCCCCCACACCUGUUCUCAAUCACAUCGCUUCUGUCCCCCCACCGUCUUAUAAUGAGUCUGUUAAAGACGAUCCUCCAUCGUAUAUUCAGGCGAUUUCCUUCUCGGAGAUACAGCCAUCAUAAUACAGGUUCAAAUGGUGAACCGCAAGUUUAUAUAAUUAGAAAAUAUUUCAAUAAUAUGUCUUACAUGAUCAAAAAGGCUUUGGGUAGUCUUUCCUGUAUAAAUAGUGUCAACUGUAAUAUUUCGUCACAGGUCUCUCAUGCUCAACCACCUUGGAAUUCGUAUGAACAAUUCCGCUGUAGGUUAGAAUGCUAUUGAGAUACGUGUAUGGUGCGGGAGUACUCCAUUUAGCACUAUCUGCACUUUCAGCAGACACACAUGGGUGUGUAUAUUGAACUCGAACAAGCUGUGAUCAGCUCUUAUUUGAACACCCGAAGCUGAAUGGUCUGUUUUUUUCCCCAAGAAAUUUCCUGGCACGAAUAAAUACAGAAACGUUGUUUCUGAUCAUUUAGAAACCUUUUAAGUUUGAAGUCAGCAUUUCAGAAUACGUUUGAUUCUUAUUAAUAAAAUAUUGAUUUAGAUUUAGAUGUACAUAAAUUAAAAACGACUAAUAUAACUUGACCUAAAUCCCGCACCAAACAUUACAUGUCAAUAAAUCAUGUUUAAUACUUGAUUUUGUUGUUGUGAAUGAAUGGUUGAUUUUAUGAAUGCGAAUGCAAUGAUUGAAUGAUAAUAAAAAAUAAAAUAUGA